CAUCGAACACAUUGCGGAGGACAACAGGCAGUUAGACGCCAACUCUUCCCGUGACUAGCUUUUCCUCUUUGUCGACCAUAUACGCAAGCGAUACCCAUUCCCGUAUCCUCGAAUCCUUCGGCGUCUGCCUGCGCAUUUGUGGACUGGCUACUAAAGCCACGUUCCCAUAAUCCACCCCUCCGCAACAUAUACACCUAAGCUACAACAAUGCGUCUGGACGUAAAGAGGCAGCUCUUCGCGCGGUCGGAGCGUGUCAAAGGCAUUGACUUUCAUCCAACCGAGCCAUGGAUCCUCACGACCUUGUAUAGCGGCCACGUCCACAUCUGGUCGUACAUAUCGCAAUCCAUCGUCAAGACCUUCGAGCUCACCGAUGUACCCGUACGCGCCGGUCGCUUCAUCGCGAGGAAGAAUUGGAUAGUAGCAGGUUCCGAUGACUUCCAAUUGCGCGUCUACAACUACAACACCUCGGAGAAGGUCACAUCUUUCGAGGCGCAUCCCGAUUAUAUUCGCGCAAUUGCUGUGCACCCAACACAACCCUUCGUCCUUACCGCCAGUGAUGACAUGACAAUAAAGCUGUGGGAUUGGGACAAGUCAUGGAAGUGUGUCCAAGAAUUCGCUGGCCACCAACACUAUGUUAUGGGUAUCGCGAUAAAUCCCAAGGACCCAAACACAUUCGCCUCUGCGUGUCUCGACCGAACCGUCAAGAUAUGGUCGCUCGGCAGCUCCACCCCCAACUUUACCCUCGAGGCGCACGAGACCAAGGGUGUCAACUUCAUCGACUACUACCCCCAGUCAGACAAGCCAUACCUUCUCACAACCUCUGAUGACCGGACGGUGAAGGUCUGGGACUACACCACAAAAGCGCUGAUUGCGACACUCGAAGGCCAUACUUCCAACGUCAGCUUCGCCGUAUACCAUCCCGAGCUCCCUGUCAUCAUUUCUGGAUCUGAAGAUGGUACCAUUAAGAUUUGGCACUCUUCGACAUACCGGUUGGAGCAGUCCCUAAACUAUGGCUUGGAGCGCGCAUGGUGCGUUUCCUACCAGAAAGGAAGGAAUGGUGUCGCGCUCGGAUUCGAUGACGGCGCUGUCGUCAUUACCAUGGGUCGCGAAGAGCCGGCAGUCAGCAUGGAUGGUAGCGGAAAGUUGCUUUGGGCGAAGAACAACGAUAUCCUCACCUCGGUGAUCAAGGGCAGCGAUCAGCUCAAGGAUGGAGAGCGCCUCUCCCUUCCCAGCAAGGACCUUGGCUCAACCGAGCUAUACCCGCAGGCACUACUGCACUCGCCCAAUGGAAGAUUCGUCGCAGUAUGCGGUGAUGGCGAAUACAUCAUCUACACUGCGCUUGCUCUUCGUAACCAAGCUUUCGGCAGCGCACUUGACUUUUGCUGGGCCUCGAAAGAACAUGACAAAGACUACGCCAUCCGGGAAUCCUCCACCAGUGUCAAGAUAUUCCGCAAUUUCAAGGAGCGGAGUGUCCUGAAUGUAGGCUUCUCAGCCGACGGCUUGAGUGGCGGCGUACUCCUUGGUGUGAAGGGUCAAGGUGGCAUUGGCCUGUUCGACUGGGACUCUGGUGCUCUGGUCCGACGGAUAGAGGUCGAACCCAAGAGUGUAUACUGGUCUGAGAGCGGGGAACUGGUCACUUUGGCUACAGAAGACACAUUCUACGUGCUACGCUACUCCAGAGAGAACUACCUGGAGGCGGUGCAAAACGGCGAAGUAGACGAGGACGGCGCCGAAUCUGCAUUCGAGGUUGUGUGCGACAUCAACGAGAGCGUUCGCACUGGUACCUGGGUUGGAGACUGCUUCAUCUACACAAACAGCACCAACCGCCUGAACUACCUUGUUGGCGAUCAAACAUACACCAUCUCUCACUUCGACUCACCACACUACGUCCUUGGGUACUUACCCCGUGAUUCCAGGAUUUAUAUCGCCGACAAGGAUGUCAACGUGGUUUCUUUCGCCCUGUCUCUGGCAGUUGUUGAGUACCAAACGCUUAUCCUCCGAGGUGACCUUGAAGCCGCUGAGGAGACGCUUCCUUCUGUGCCCAAAGACCAAAACAACAAGAUUGCUCGAUUCUUGGAAGGUCAAGGCUACAAGGAAAUGGCGCUCAAGGUUGCCACCGAUCCUGAACACCGUUUCGACCUUGCCUUGUCUCUUGGCGAUUUGCAACAGGCUGUUGAGAUUGCUCGCGAGCAAGACACAGAACACAAGUGGAAGACUGUCGGCGAUGCUGCCCUCACAAACUGGGAUGUCAAGCUCGCACAAGAGUGCUUUGUGAAGGCCAAGGAUCUCGGCUCUCUCCUUCUGCUUUACAGUGCGACGUCUGACACGGCCGGUCUUCGUGAACUUGCUGAAUUGGCUGAGAAUGCCACAGCAAAUAACGUAGCCUUCUCUGUGUUAUGGCAGGUCGGAGAUGUCCAGGCGUGUAUCGACCUACUCGUCAAGACCAACCGUUUCGCCGAGGCCGUCCUCUUCUCCCAAACGUACAAGCCAAGCGCGACGGCUGGCCUUGUCAAGCAAUGGAAGGAGUCUCUGGAGAAGGAGAACAAGACCAAGGUUGCUAGACUCCUUGGCGCGCCACCCCAGGACGGCGAGGGCGACGCCGAGAUGUUCCCUGAAUGGGAUGAAUACUUGCGAUUGGAGAAGGAAGGAGGCACUGUGGAGGAUCUUUUGAUUCAAGAAGAUGAGGCAGAGGCAGAGGACGCGGACGAGGAGAUUGCUGCCGAUGCUGAAGAAGAGGAAGAGGAAGAUGAAGAAGAAGAGGAUGACGAGGAAGAAGAGAGCGAGGAGGAGAAGUAGGUGUGCAAGUAAAGUGGUACCGUGGUUAGUGGAUGCAUUCUAGCUGCAAUUGGGCUUUUUGUCGUGUGGUUGCUACACGUAGCGUACGUACGGUAACGGAAAAUGAUACAAAGAUAUAGACGUUUAGCAAGCAGAUGUC